AGUUAACUUAUGAUCAUGUGACUCAGAGGAAUAUUCCGGAAAUUUUAAGCCGCUAGAAACUGGUUAUACUAAUCGUUGAUUUAAGAUAAAAUUUAAAAUAUCUUGCUAUAAGUAAUUGAAUAUUUUUUUAUAUACAGCUAGGUAUAUUAAUAUUUUCUAUUUAAACUUUCAACCUUCGAAUUAGACUAGUUUUCUAUUACGAAAUUAAUUUUUAUCUUACUUUCAUUGCCUCUUUUCUACAAACUGUUAAAAACAUGCAUUUUUUUAGCUUGACAACAUGUCGAAAAAUCACUCCUUUGGCAAAAUGGAAGUUAUUGAAUCAGAAGACAAAAGCUUCAACAAACAUAUUCUUCAAGAAGGAACAGGAGAAAAGCUUAUCAACGAAGGUUCCCUCGUAAAGGUAUAUAUCUGUUGUAUCGAUAAUCCCGAUAUGGAUAAAGAUCUUUUGGGCAACUAUACGUUGAAUGAAUACUUUGACGUUACCAUUGGAGAAGCGGAGUCAAGUAUCGCUGAACUGUUGGAUAAAAUAUUAAUAACGAUGAAAGAAGGAGAAAGAGCAUAUGUUAAGACAAAAAUGGAUCAGAGUGGAAACUUGACGUCAAAAUCUAUAACACAUGACAGUCUUAAUUUGAAGAAAACAGAGUCGGAUUGUCUCUUAAAAUUUCAAAUAUCGGUACAAAGUGUCACUCGAUCUGCAGAUAUAUCUGAUCUUGAGGCUGACGAGCGAAUAGAAAGGGCAGAACACUAUAAAGAAAAAGGAUCAAUUUUAUACAAGAAUAAUAAUUUGACAUUUGCAGUGAAGAAGUAUCGGAAUUCAAUUAAAUAUUUAACUUCUAUACCAGAGGAAUCAUUACCGAAAAUUCCUGAAAAACUCCGUCAAGAAUUUCGUCGCUUGGUUCUGCUAAAUCAUUUGAAUUUAGCUCUUUGCUUUUGGAAGAUAGAAGAAUGGGAUUUAGUUUUAAAGCAUUGCGAUGAAGCUCUCUCUCUCGAUCCAAAUAAUGUGAAGGCAUUAUAUCGUAGGGCUCAGGGCUACUCAAACAAGUAUAAUUACGAAGCAGCUUUAAAAGAUUUAAACAGUAUUUUAAAGAUAGAAGAAGGAAAUAAGGCUGCCCUUAAGGAUAUUAAAAUCAUUUCCGCUAAAAAACAACAAGAAAAAGAUAUGUACAAAAAGAUGUUCAAUUCGUAA